UUACGAAUACUGUGGAACCACGCCUCGCGGAUGAGCGAGAUGUACGCUUGCCAUGGCCAGAUGCGGCGAUGUUGCCGAAGUGUCGACGCCGCUGGGGAUGUCUUCCCACGCGUCACCGCCACGACGACGGCGACGAGGCUCCGUCGGCCGAGGCGCUGCUCUGAGAGAUGAUGCAAGCGCAGAACGCGCAUCUAGUAAACAUGAAACGAAGCAGGCAAGGAGGCGCGCUGGUUGGCGACAAGUCGCGGAGGAGCUGACUGCAGGCGGAGAAUGCUGGUGGUGGAAGGCGUGGUGGGGGAGACUCGGUCCCACGUCGCUGCUUCCUAAAUUUGGGACCACCGCCUCACAGCCCCCGCUGGGAAUAGCCACCCCGGCUGCCGAUCCACCUGCGCAUCCACACGGUGCAUGCUGGCGGGGUCCGAAGCUCCAAGCACGCCGCAACCCACCCAACCAGCCAACCCACCUCACGCCUGCGCCGGCGAGAUGUGCAGCAUAGCGCACUGCUAUGCCGUUGGGGCUCAGUCCCUCAGUCCGCCAGCGCUGCCUGUACAUGCCCGGCUGUGCCCGAGCCAGAGCGACCGAUAUACACAGCAAGGUGCGCCUUCUCCUGUCAUCCUCCGUUUAUGCGUCUUUUCCGUCGCGUCCGUUUGCAAGUACGACAUCUCUCCACGACCGUCUCAUCUCAGCCCUGGUCGUGAGCGUCCGGACUCUGGCGCCACUCGUCCUAUUCCCUGUCCGCCUCAGCUGCGUCACCCACUGAGGGCCGCUGCUAUUUUGGAGCGUGCAUUUGUAUACAUGCUUGCUUCCCUGCCAUGCCUUCACACGAGUCUGGCUUCUUCGAAUCGCCCUUCGCGCGAACCUGCUCUCUCCUCCACAAUCACUCGACUGCACCCCGCGCCAUCAUCGGUCGGACCACUUCGCAGCUGCUCUCACACAAGGCCGCAACGCCCGCGUCGAGCCCUGGCCACCGGCCUUCGCACACUUCCGGAGCGGCCCUCAAGUUGAACGCGUCGCUGUCGACCAAGUGUAAGAGGGGCAUGUCAUUUCAUCAUAAACGCAAGGCCUCCAAGAGCUCGGGAACAA